CUCUAAGCUUGUGUCAGAGCAAGCUUCGAAAAACAAGCUGCACAAUGAAGUGCUGCAUUGUUUUGUUACUGUUCACGGUCUUGGCUGUGGGGAACGCAGUGGAAGACAGAUUCUUUAUUUCUGCUCCAAAUGUGUUUCACAUCGGCGUUAAAGAGAAAGUGUUUAUCCAGGUGGGACCGGCUCAUUUUAAUCAGCCUAUUACUCUCUACCUGGAGCAUGUGUCUGGUACGGUUGUAUCUGAGAAGAAAACUGUUGAAUGUAAAAAUGAAGGGAAUCCUCAAACUGUUGAGCUCAUGAUAAAAAGGGAUGAUUGGUUACAAAUCCAAAAAAAGAAACGUCGUCCUUACCUCAACCUACAGGUAGAGAGCCCCAGCUUCAAAGGCGAUGAAAAAAGGCGGUCAACAAAGGUCCUGGUUUCAAAUCACAGGGGGUAUAUCUUCAUUCAGACUGAUCAGCCCAUGUACAACCCAACACAAAAAGUGAAUUACAGGAUAUUCACUCUUGACCACAGGUUUAGGCCCCAUGAGGAACCAAUCUACAUAUCGAUAUUUAACGCUUAUGGAAACAGAGUUCUGAAGACAUUCAAGGUUGCCAUGGGAGGGAUUUACAGAAACAUCUUCUCCAUUCCUGAUGUCUCUAAAAUGGGCACAUGGAAGAUUACAGCACACUAUGAAGACGAUGAACAGGAUGCUGCUGUCCGAGAGUUCAAAGUCCAAAAAUCUGUUUUGCCAAGUUUUGAGGUGAACAUCGCAAUGCAGCAGAACUACAUUUUAUUGAACGAUAUUCAUCUCAACUUCACCAUCUCAGCAAUGUACUCAUAUGGUAAGAGUGUCAAAGGGGCUUACCACUGCCAGUUUGGAGUAGUAAAGAAAGGUACAGCUGAUGGCAAAAGAGGCAUGCCUACCUUUAUUAAGGGACUGGAGAAGGCUGGUUCGGUCCAAAAUGGAAUUGCAAGAGUUUCUUUUCAGCUAGAAGAUAUUAACUUGAAACUCAAGGAACGACUGAACAACACCCUCUUUGAUCUGCAGAAAAAUGGAUUACGGCUCUUUUUGGGAGUAUUUGUCACAAAUGUUCAAAGUGGUGAAAUGCAAGAGGCGGAAGUUUACCUUCCUAUCAUUUCCCAAAAAUACACCUUAGACCUCUCUCGAACUCGCUCUCAUUUUAUUCCUGGAUAUCCAUUAGAUGUGGUGCUUGUCAUGCGUCUCCCAGAUGGCUCCCCAGCAGCUGAUGUGCCAGUAAACAUUAACGUAAAAGGAUCACAGGAUUCUUGGCAAGGCAACACAAAUCAGGAGGGGAUAGUGUCCUAUACCUUUAAUAUUGCUGAUGUACCUCAGAUUACAGUUGAUGUAUCAGCAGGUGGCUUACAAAAGGAGAAAAUCAUAAAACCUGCUUCAUCUCCAAGUGGUAGCUAUCUUCAUAUUGCAGUUACCAACAAAGUGUAUUCUGUAAAUGAAAUGCUUUCUGUAACAUUCAGCACCAAGAAUGGCCCAAGCACAGGAAGCAUAUACUACAUGGUCCUAAGCCGUGGGAUCAUAGUUAAAGAGGGCUCUCUCAAUGGAGGUACAUCAGCUAAACACAGCCUGCAGAUAACGGCUGACAUGGUUCCAUUUUUCCGUCUGAUUGGCUAUUAUUACACCGACAACGGUAACAUCAUAGCUGACUCAGUGUGGGUGGAUGUCAGGGAUGAAUGUCCAAUACAAGUCAAGGUACAACAAACACGAAGAUCUGAACCUGGAAAAAUGUCUGAACUAGAAAUUGAUCUACAUGGUCAUGCAGCUAAAGUGGCUUUGCUAGCAGUGGAUAAGGCCUUCUAUGGUCUCAGUGCUGAUAAUAAACUCACAGCUAAGCAGGUGUUUUCAACCAUGAGUUCAUAUGACCUUGGUUGCUCAUAUGGUGGAGGAUCUAACCAACCAUCAGUACUGGUGGAUGCUGGCCUGUCUUUUGUUGAUCAGUCCAGAUCACAUUGGAGACAAGCUUUUCAGUGUUUAUCAACGUCAGCACGAAAGAGACGCUCUGUGGACCUUCAGAAGGAAAUGAUGACCUUAAAAUCAAAUUACACAGACACAGAACUUCAAGAGUGUUGUUCUCAUGCAUUUUCUCCCAUUCCUAUGAGACGAAAAUGUAAAGAAAGGGCAUCAAGGGUCCUUUUAUUAAAAAAUAAAAAGUGUGCUGAUGCCUUUCUAAAAUGCUGCCAUGAAGCAGAGAAGCUACGAAAGAAAAAGAUGCUAGAAGAGGGCCAGACUGGAUUUGGCAGAACUGCAAGCAUAGACGACAUUAAACAGUUUUUCUUGGACCCUACUGAACAGUAUAUCAGACGCUUUUUCCCCCCAAGCUUUGAUUUCACAGAAUUUGAUGUGAAUGGUAAAAUCAGGCAUGUUUUGACACUACCUGACUCCAUCACCACUUGGGAAAUUCAAGUCGCAACUUUCUCUGCAGAAUCUGGUUUCUGUGUGGUUAGGCCAUAUGAGGUUAAAGCGUUUAAGGAGUCAUUUGUGUCUCUGACACUGCCUUACUCAGUGAAAAAAUUUGAACAACUAUCUAUUUCACCUGUUAUCUACAACUAUGGCGAUAGAAAACUAGAGUUAGCGGUGCAUUUGGAACAAACUGAAGGUCUUUGCUCUCCGGCUUCAGCCACCACCAGCUCCUAUGUUCAAAUUACUAUGGAGCCACAGUCUUCACAGUUCGUGUCUUUCUCUGCUGUCCCAAUGGUAGAUAGCCCCAUACCCAUUAAAAUACGUUUAUAUGAUAUUGAGGAUGAGAGGGGAAUAGAUGCAGUGGAAAAAAAUUUGAAUGUACAGACAGAAGGUUUAGAAAAGAGAGUGGAAAAAACUCAAGUGGUUAAAUUAGAUGGGAAGAGCACAAAAACUCUCAGUAUCGAUGGAUCUUUACCUGAUAACACAGUUCCUGAUGCGAGCUCUAAUAUAUUCAUUUCAGUUGAAGCGGAUGGAUUUGGCAGUUCAUAUGCAAAGAAUCUCCUUUCACCUGAGAAAGUUGCCAGUCUGAUUGUAUUGCCUAGUGGAUGUUUAGAGCAGACAAUGAGGGGACUUGCACCGACAGCUUUAGCUAUCCGUUAUCUUGACUUGAGUGACCAGUGGUUUGACCUGCCUGCUGGUGCAAGAGAUCGUGCCCUGGAUAAUAUGGAGACUGGUUCUGUGAGAAUUCAUGACAAAUACAGGAUUAAAAACAAUGGUGGUUAUGCAUCAUGGCAAUCAGUUUCAGCUAGUAAUUGGCUUACUGCCCUUGUAGUUAAAGUUCUGUCGUUGAUAGCAGAGCGCUUAGCAGCAGCUACUGGUCAGCAAGGCCGGACUGCCAAGCAUGUACCAGUGGAACCAAUCCAGAAACCUGUGGAUUACUUGAUCUCAGUACAAAUGAAUGAUGGGUCAUACCCUGAUCCACAUCCUGUUUUACACAGAGGUGUUAUGAAAAGCAAAGACCGAGAUGCAUCCAUGACUGCUUUCAUUACUCUGGCACUGAACCGAUCCCUUCUGUUUUUGACAUCUGACCGACCCAAAGCGGAAGCAGCAAUUUUAAAAGCAACAACAUAUCUCGAGUCACAAUUUGCAGAGCUUGAGCAUCCCUACGCUGUGGCCACUGCCGCCUAUUGCCUCUCAGUCUGCCUGCCACAGGAAGCCAAUCGUUCAUUUGCAUGGAGAAAACUUCAAUCCAUGGCAAUAAAAGCAGAGAAUGGCUGCUACAUGUGGACAAAUAAUCCCAGUGAUCAAGCGAAGGCCACUGCAGUAGAGACAACAGCAUACGCCCUUCUUACUGCAGUUGCACAUGAUGAUAGGAAGUGGGCAGAUGAAAUAGCCUGUUGGCUAACUAGCCAAGAAAAUUAUUUUGGAGGCUACAGAUCAUCACAGGAUACCCUCAUGGCAUUGGAAGCCUUGUCAGAGUAUGAGCUAAAACGGUACAGCAGUCCUGCUGCAAAUAUGAUUGCAGAGUUCACAGCUGCAGGAAAGAAUGAAAUUAUUAAGCUUGCACUGGAAAAUAAGAACCAGAAGGUGGAAGCAGACCUGAAGAUAUUUACAGGGAACAAGGUUAAUGUGAGCAUAACAGGAAAAGGAGAGUUUAAGUUUAAAACUGUAAAGGCUUACCAUCUGCUUGACCCUGAGGAUGACUGUACCAAACUUUCUUUAAAAGUAUCAUUAGAUGGACAAGUGACAUACACAGCUGGGGUUGUAGAAAAUUAUAACUACUAUGAAGACUAUGAUUACAUCGAAGGUUCUCACAGCAACCAAAUCUCCGAAAACACCGUUACCUACAGUGUUUGCGUCAGUGUCAGCCCAAACUUGGGUCUUACAGGGAUGUCCAUUAUUGACAUCACUUUACUGAGUGGAUUUAAGGCUAUAGACAAAGACCUGGAGAGGCUGAAGCUGCCACCUGAACAAUACAUUACCCAUUAUGAGAUUUCCUAUGGAAGAGUGCUGAUAUACUUGGAUAAGUUUUUUGCAAAUGAGGAAUGUUUUAGUUUUAAGGCUGAGCAAACCAUUCCAGUAGGCCUUCUGCAGCCUGCUCCAGCUGUAUUCUAUGAUUAUUAUGAACCACAAAGAAAGUGCACUGUGUUUUACUCUGCUCCAAAAAGAAGCAAAAUGGUCUCUAAGCUGUGUUCAGAGGAUGUGUGUCAAUGUGCAGAAAGACCCUGUCAUCAAGUACAAGAAACAUUCAAAGGGAAGAAAAUAAAAAAGGAUCAGCGUCUGCAAUAUGCUUGCUUCUUCCCUAUCGUGGAAUAUGCGUACAUCGUUACAGUUAACAAUGUAUCUGUGAAGAGCAACUUUGAGCUGUACAAAACUACUGUAAACGACGUCCUCAGAACAAAUGGAGAUAUGCUUGUGAAAGAGAAUUCUGUUCGAGUGUUUGCCAAGAGGCUUCACUGCAAGGGGGAAUUAGAGUUGGGAAAGCAGUAUCUCAUCAUGGGCAAAGAUGGCUCCACUACAGACUCAAAUGGAGCGAUGCAGUACCUUUUGGAAUCAAACACCUGGGUUGAAAGAAAGCCUCUGCCUCAGGAGUGCCAGAAUAGUGCCAAUAAAGCGUUUUGUUAUGGGUUUAAUAAGUUUGUAGAAGAGUACAAGAUGAAUGGGUGCACACAAUGAAAAAGACAUACAACUUUGUUAACUAUGAUUGCAACCCACCGACCAUAGUGUAGUUGCUGCAGCUUGCAUAGUUGUAGAGCUUUUUAUUCACUAUUUGUGAUGCUUUAACUUUGUUUUACAGUAUUAUACUAUAAACCAUUACAUUCACCAGUAAUCAGUGCUAUUAUUCUGUCCAUUACCAGGUGACGUAUUCAUUCUGUCUUCACCACUUUGGUCUUUAUAGUAGCAACACAGCUUCAAAUUUUCUGUUCUUUUCUUAAUGUCUAACACAGUCACAAGACUUAAGGCUAGAAUUAACAUUUUGAAGUUGGGUAACAAAUUCCUUUAUGUUUAUCACUGCUUGUGCAUGUUGAAAUAAUUGCUCAAAAUGUAAGUGAACACUGAAAUAAAAAUAUAAAAAAAAGUCCAGUCAAAAAUA